GUUCGCAAACGUCAAAAUUUUUCUAUACUAACGAAAUUUUGAUACAAAAAAUAAGUGUUCAGUGUUUCUAACUUUUUUUAAGGACUCACUUUGUAGACAUUUUUCGAUUAAUCGUGCUGUGAUUUAUAAUAAGUGUAUUAUAAUGGCAACAACAAACAUGGAAGAGGAGCAGGCGAUUAGGGAAUGCGAAGCAUACGUACAAACGCACAAUAUUCAGCAGAUCCUUAAGGAUUGCAUCGUUCAAUUAUGUGUAAACCGUCCCUCUAAUCCCAUCUCAUUUCUGCGAGAGUAUUUCCAAAGACUGGAAAGGGAGCAGGCGUUAGAUGCCAAACAGCAGGCUGUCUCUCCCGAGGACACGGAGGACCUGUCGCCGCUGCCCGCCCACACGCAGCAGCCGGUCAGGCGGCGCGGCGGAAUCUCCGCCGAGCCCGUUACGGAGGAGGACGCGACGAGCUACGUGAAAAAGGUCGUGCCGAAGGACUACAAGACGAUGGCCGCACUGUCGAAGGCUAUCGCGAAGAACGUGCUCUUCUCGCAUUUGGACGAGAACGAGCGGUCGGACAUUUUCGACGCCAUGUUCCCCGUCAACUGCCUGCCCGGCGAACCAAUUAUACAACAGGGUGACGAGGGGGAUAAUUUUUAUGUCAUCGAUCAAGGAGAAGUCGAGGUGUACAUCAAUAACGAAUUGGUAACGACGAUUAGUGAAGCGGGCAGCUUCGGCGAGCUGGCAUUAAUCUACGGUACGCCGAGAGCCGCGACGGUUAAAGCAAAGACUGACGUUAAAUUAUGGGGCAUCGAUAGAGAUUCGUAUCGGCGCAUUCUAAUGGGCUCAACGAUAAGGAAACGAAAAAUGUACGAGGAGUUCCUGUCGAGGGUGUCGAUUCUCGAAAAUUUGGACAAGUGGGAACGUCUCACCGUCGCCGACGCGCUGGAGCCGGCCAGCUUCGAGGAUAAGGAGACGAUCGUGCGGCAGGGCGAGCCCGGCGAUGACUUUUACAUUAUAGUCGAAGGCCAGGCUUUAGUUAUGCAAAAUAGGGCCGAAGGUGAGGACGCCACCGAAGUGGGAAGGUUAGGUCCGGGCGAUUACUUCGGGGAGAUCGCUUUGUUGCUCGACAGACCGCGUGCCGCAACCGUCGUUGCUACUGCUCCACUGAAAUGUGUCAAGCUGGAUAGGGCGCGGUUUGAACGGGUCUUGGGACUGUGCGCCGAUAUUUUGAAGAGGAACAUAACACAAUACAACAGCUUUGUGUCACUAUCAGUCUAAUUUAUUGUAGGGAUUUCACCGUCUCAUAUAGUAAUAUGGGGUACGCCACGUAAAUCGCCUUCUUUUAGUGCUGUGAUUUCUAUGAUAUAAUGUCAUUUCAACUACCCGCGUCCAUUUCGCAAUCGAAAUUUCAACACUGCGCGCCCGGCUUUACUUUCCCUGUUCACAGUGUAGUUGACGAAAACCGACCAAUUUACAUUAAACGAGAAUGUUCUUUAGGUGACGCACCCUGUAUGUUUUCAUAAUAAAUAAAGAAAAGAAAGCAAGCUUGCGCAGCCAAACUGAGGUCUUCACUGGUCCACGAUAACGCAUUUCUAAGGACUACCGCCUGUUUAUUUACUGUUUGCCUUUUGUGUUUCUUUUUUUGGAUAAUAAAUGUGAACUUGUACGUCUGUUUUAUCGGAUGCUUUAGUAUAGGUUUUUUCAAAUUAGAUUAUAAAUGUAAACUUGUUAAAUGUAAAUCUACAUACAGUGUGUUUGCAAGUAACCUCCUCAUUGCACUGACUUAACAUUUGAGCGGUUCGAACAUGCAGGGUAACAAUAAUAUCAUUUCUUAUUUGACAUUUGGCACCAGACACGUUGGCGAAUUACCACAGGAGCGCUUAUCGAUUGUGUACAAUGAACAAGGAUAUUGGAGGGCUUUAAAAAAACCUGUAUUUAAAGGUUGAUGUUUAGUGUUGUCUCCUUUGUUAAUAUUUAUACGAACUUGCUUUAUUAAUUUGUAGAAAUAAUUUAACAACGAAUUAGUUCUUCAAUAUUAAAAUUGAAUAAUAGUUUGCUCUUGGGUUUUUAUUCACAAAGGCAGCUUUUUAAUAUUAUAUGUGUAUAAAGUUGUAAUUAUCAUGUAUAUAUUUCAUGUUUUCUUCCAUAUUUAUGUAUGUACUUCAGUUCGAAUGAAUAAAAUAGAAAAGACUACAAAA